UGGAGGAGACAGAGCUGUGUACAAAAGUGAGGUGGAGCUGUCAGUGGGAUGCCCUUGAGGCCGAGAGAACCCACCAGAAAGAAGAGGGGUCUCCCAGGCUCCCGCCUCUAGGAGCAGGGCUGGAAGAUGCGGACUGGAGAGAGUCUCAGAUUUGGCCACCCGGGGGUGAUGUCUGGGGUUGGAGGAGCAGUCCUGGGGGAGAAGUGGGGACAGGAGGGACAUCGUGCUGGCUGCCGCCAACAGGAGACAUGGAGCAAUAGAGGCCUAGGGUGAGGACAGCCCCUUGCUCCACAGGCAGUCAAGAGGGAAGGGCCUCUUCUGAGAUAUGAAUGCCCCCACCGGCACCCCGCCCUUCUCCCAGGAACAGCUGGCCAGAGGGGAACAUGACUCCAGCUGGACACGCUAUUCCGCCUCACAGCGUCGUGACUCUCUGGCCAGGACUCCUGGCGGGGAGAAAAGGGCCUGGUCACCUGCCCUCACCCUGGAAGUCGGAGCAAACCCUGUGAGGACGGAAGGAGGAGGAAGCCAUAAGAGACCAAGACCCCCCAACCGGGCAGGCAGAACUCUCCCCAUGGCUGAGUUCCUGCCCCUGCUGCCUUGUGCACCCCUGCUGACCCAGGACGGCGGUGCCCAGGACUCACCUGUCCCCCCAGCCAAGUGGCAGAGCCAGCAGCCACAGGGUGGCAGGGCCCAGGGCCUGGUCUCUAAGCCCUGGAGGCUCCCAGGGGUGCCCUCCAUUCAGAUAACGCCAGCCAGCGAUGGGGAGUCACCCCCCUGCACCCCACCUCCCCAGCGCCUGCAGCUGCCAAGGACCCCAGACCCGGAGACUUUGCCCCAGGACAGGUCAGACCUGGGUGGUGGGGUAUCUGACUCCAUCUAG